AUGACUUCAGCACUUCUUCCAAACGAAGAAGUACAAUACUGCUUUGAGAACAUUAAUGGCUCUUGCUAUAAAACAUCAUUUUCUUCUGGAAUCCGGAUAACUUUGUAUGUUGUACUUUGUUUGCUAACAAUUCUUACACUAGGUGGAAACCUCAUGGUAAUCAUUUCAAUUACUUAUUUCAAACAGCUUCACUCACCUACAAAUUUUUUGGUUGCUUCCCUGGCAUGUGCGGAUUUUUGCGUGGGUCUGACUGUGAUGCCCUUCAGCAGUAUAAGAUCUGUUGAAACAUGUUGGUAUUUUGGGGACACAUUCUGUAGAUUCCACAGUUGUUUAGAUGCAUCUUUUUGUUAUUCAUCAAUAUUUCACUUGUGUUUCAUCUCUAUUGAUCGAUAUGUUGCUGUCACUGAUCCUUUGAUUUACCCUAUCAAGUUCACGGUUCCUGUUUCAGGCAUAUUCAUAGCUGCUGCCUGGACAAUUUCAUUUGCGUACACUUUUUCUAUUGUCUUCUCUGGGGCUAUUGAUGAAGGGAUAGAAGAAUUCACAAAUACACUCUCUUGUGUAGGGAGCUGUCAGCUUGUCUUCAACAAGACAUGGGUGAUCACAUGCUCUCUACUUUUUAUAAUACCUUUUUUCGCAACAAUGGCACUUUACAGUAGGAUCUUUGUUGUGGUUAAACGACAAGCUAGAAUGAUAGAAACUACAAACAACACCCAGUCAUCUGAAAAUUACAGUGACAGAGUUGCUAAAAGAGAGAGGAAAGCUGCUAAAACUCUGGGUAUAGCUGUGAUAGCUUUCAUGGUAUUCUGGACGCCUUAUACGGUAACUGUAAUAAUUGAUCCUUUUCUUAACUUCAUAACUCCAGCCCCUGUCUUUGAUAUUAUGCUUUGGUUUACUUAUUCCAACUCUGCUGUUAAUCCUUUGAUUUACUCUCUCUUUUAUCCUUGGUUUCGAAAAGCAAUGAAAGUGAUUGUGAGCUGUAAAAUCUUCUGGCUUGACUGCUCAACAAUGAAUUUAUUUCCAGAAUAA